AUGGAAAACGUCCACAUAGCACUCGGUAAGUAUAGUGAAGAAGCGGAACACCUUGAUCCUAACAUCCCAUUAGUAGAGGAUGCACGCGAUAGAAUUAAUGCAAACACCGAAAAACCACUUGAGUUACUUGAUAGAGCGGCACGCUCUCUCUUCAAGUUCUUCAAAGUUAUCCGACGAUCCAAAUGUCUGUGGGCUCUUUCCGCUUAUCGUCUCAUCUUCUUUAGUUCCGCCGCUGAUGCUGUGAAUUGUGGAGUUCAAGUCGCUGCAGUGGCCAUCACUCUCCGCACACCUGUCAUUCAUCCAACUUUAAAUUCGUUUUUGGGCGCACUCUUGGUAACGUCUUAUGCUAUGGGAUAUCCAACUGUUUUCGCCCUCGCCUUCAAUCGGUUCAUCGCAGUGGUUUUCCCAAAAAAGAUGGAUCUCAUAUUUGACGAAAAGAAGACAAUGAUAAUUUUAAUUUUGUGUUGCCUUUUUGGUGCUUUUACUGGCGCUCUCUGUCUUUCUGGAGAAAUUCGAUCGAUGUGGGACCCCUAUAAUUCAAAAUUCUAUUUCACAAACGAAUCGUCUUUUCCUGCCGAGUUUUUGCGCGCUAUGAACUUAUACUACGGCGAAUUUGUGUAUAUUACGAGUUUCAUCAUCUACCUUAUCAUCGUCGUCUUUCUGCUAUGCAACGUAUAGACAACUCAUCAGAUCUGUGGGCGUCGAGCUACCGCUCCUGUUGCACUCUUUCCAGAUAUUCACGCUGUCGGGAAUCUUGCUUUAUUUAUGGUUCUAUCCCGCUUCUGA